AUGUUUAGUUUGCCGACACUGCCCUUCGACAGCAAGAUCGAGGAGAGCCGUUACCAGAAUGAAGACUUGGAACAAAAGGAUGUUCAUGAAGUCCAAGUUGCAUCUGUCAGCUUUCAAGACGCAUUGGCCAAGGAGCAACUCAACCCAUGGAGCUGGGCAGCGUGGACCCUAUACGGGGUAAUUCUGGUAACUACUCUCGAUUGCUGCAUGAAUGGCUUUGACGGCACUCUGAUGAGCAGUAUCAAUGCAAUGCCCAACUUUCACAAGCAUUUUGGAACUAGCAUGGAAGGAAGUGGGACGGGUCUCCUAUUUUCUAUCUAUUCCUUUGGCAACUUGGUCGGUGCGGCUUUUGCAUCACCAAUUUCUGACAUACUCGGACGACGGAUCGGCAUGUUUAGCGGGUCUGCGUUCAUCGUGAUCGGUACCAUUCUUGAGGCUGUCGCCAGCAACGUGCAACUUUUCAUGGGUGGCCGAUUCCUAAUUGGAUUAGGCGUGAGUAUCAGCAACACAGCGGCGCCGGUAUAUCUAGUGGAGGUGGCUUUCCCACAGUGGCGCGGGCUUUUCGGUGGUCUCUACAAUGUUGUCGGUUAUUACACGGGGGCCAUUUUAUGCACGUGGAUCGCAUAUGGGACGGGCUUCCUUUCGUCAAAUUGGUCUUGGAGAGCCCCAGUAAUCAUUCAAGCUGUAUCGUCUGUGAUCGUCAUGCUCGCUGUGUUUGUUCUACCCGAGAGUCCUCGUUGGCUGUGGGCGACAGGCAAACAGGAGCAGGCUCGGAAGAUGCUCAUCAAAUACCAUGGCAGUGGCAAAGAUAACUCCCCGUUGGUCCGGUGGGAGUGCAAUCAAAUUGGAGAUCAUCUUCAAUUUGAAAUUGAGACCGGUGGCCGGAAAUGGUGGGACUUCAGGGUCCUCUUUAGUAGCAGGGCAAACCUCUAUCGUCUUUGGCUCAUCUUCUUGGUCUCGGUAUUCUCUCAAUUCAUCGGCGGCUCUGUCAUCAGCUACUUCAUGCCCGUCAUGCUACAGAAUGCGGGCAUCACCAGCUCAAGCCAGCAGCUUCUUAUGAAUGCCCUUAACACGGUCUUUUCUUUUGUGAGUGGUCUGGUCGGAAGUCUUUUUGUCGACAGAUGGGGCCGUCGCUCUCUUUUCCUCUGGGGAACAUUCCUUACUGGCCUAAUUUACGUUCCUAUCAAUGUUUUGGCAUCGUACCCCGUUGCCGAGAUCACCCGAAGCAUGGGUUAUGGCUUCAUUGCUAGUAUCUUUCUCUACGGAAUUUUCUUCUCUUUUACAUGGAGUAACUUGCAGGCCUUGUAUCCGGCAGAGAUUUUGCCAAACACGAUUCGAGCCAAGGGCGUGGCUUUCCAGGGUGUCAUCUCCGGGGCUGCUAACUUCAUCAAUUUUUACGCCACCCCGACUGCGCUGCAGAAUAUUGGGUGGAGGAUGUAUACAAUUUUCCUGGUGUUCCAUUUCCUGGAAUUCGCUUUGAUGUUCUUUACACUACCGGAGACCAAAGGUCGGUCAAUUGAAGAGCUGAACUAUGUGUUCAACAGCCGAAAUCCAGUCAAGGAAUCACUACGAAGAACUACCGUAUUGGUGCAUGAAGGUGAAGGCGUUAAGGGUAUUUCUGAGGUCUCGGGAGAUGUCUAG